AUGGCGGUGACCAAAGGAAAAACGAACAAAAAACCUAGUCUGGUGGUAAAUGCGUAUUUGUUCUCAUACAAUUUCAUUCAAAUUUUGGGAUGGAGUUAUUUGCUAUUUCAAAUCAUUAAUUUCUAUGUGAGCCCACCCAAAUCUCAAUCAUUGUGGGACGUUGUAAAGUAUACAGUUGGAAUUUUCCAAAAUGCUGCAUUCAUUGAGAUAUUCAAUGUAGCUACUGGUUUGGUGAAAUCUAAUUUGGCAGUUACUAUUCAACAAGUUCUGUCACGUGUAGCCAUUGUUGCUGCUAUUGCAUUUAUACCAGAGACAUCAGACUCACCAGGUUUACCAUUGGCCUUAAUUGCUUGGUGCUUUGCAGAAAUUACCAGAUACUCAUACUAUAGUUUCAAUAUUAUUGGUUAUAUACCUUAUCUAAUCAUUUGGGCAAGGUAUACUUUCUUCUAUGUUCUGUAUCCAGUUGGUGUUACUGGAGAGUUAUUAGUAUAUUGGACGUCAUUAGGAUAUGUUGGAAGAACCAAAAUGUGGAGUAUCGAACUGCCUAAUAAAUUAAAUAUUGCAUUUAGUCUAUGGUCUGCAAUUGCAAUGGUUAUGCUGAUUUAUAUACCAUUCUUCCCUCAAAUGUACAUGCAUAUGGUAUACCAAAGGAAGAAAACACUUGGAAGUCCAGAACCAAAAAAAAUACAAAAAAAAGUUCAAUGA